AUGGACAGAUAUGCAGGCAUCGUAUAUCGCUCACUGGACCAACGUCUUCUACAGUUGUCACUUCAAGAGGUCGAUGUCAGAGUAUGGAUGGUCGACGUCUCUGCGAGAGUCAUACUCUCUCAGGUUUUCGAGAAUAAAUCAGAGAGCCCUACAAGCAGGGCCACGUACGUGUUCCCUCUCCCGGCGGGCGCUGCGACUUGCGCUUUUGAGCUCGAACAUGCUGGCGGGCGCAAAGUUAUAACCGGUGUUGUAAAGGAGAAGUCGGAAGCCGCAAAAUCUCUCUGCGGUGCAGUGUAUGCUGGAAAUACCGAGAGACUUGUAGAAUGGGUAACGGAUAACAUAUUCACGAUUUCAGUUGGCUCGAUUCCUGCCCGGCAGAAACUUACAGCAAGAUUGACAUUUGUAAUGGAUCUUUUUGAUGAGGGACGACAAGAUCAUAUCUAUCUGCGACUUCCAAUGGCCAUUGCUGAACGAUGCGGCGAAACACCAGCAGCCGUGCUCGACGCGUCCACAACUAAUGAAAUGAAACGUGUUCAAAUCACUGUGGACAUUCGAACUAGCGAUGCGAUACAGGAUAUACGCAGCCCUUCUCACCAGAUUUCUCUCCAGCGACACAAAACGUGCACCGACAGAACAGACUCUGACCGACGGAUGACUGCAACCCGGUUAUCUACGACAUUCCUAGAUCGAGACUUCGAGUUGACGGUGCACGCUCUUGGACUCGGCGAGCCGCGGUGUUUCGCCGAAGUCAAUCCCCAGCGUGAUGAUACAAUUGCCAUGCGGCUCUCAUCCGUACCGAAGUUCGAGAUGCCUCGCGUCGCUUCGCAAGAGUACAUUUUCAUUAUCGAUCGCAGUUCGAGCAUGAGGGGAGCCUCGCUGGAGACAGCUAAGCGCACACUGGAAAUGCUCCUUCACCUAUUGCCAGACUCAAAUACGACUUUCAAUAUUUUCAGCUUCGCAGGCGAGGUUGAUAGUAUGUGGGAGACGAGUGUGUCGUUCAACGAAGCGACAAUGCAGGAUGGGAUCUCGCAUAUAAAAGCCAUGCAAGCCAACCAUGGCGGAACAAAAAUCGCGCAGGCCCUGCAGCUUGCUGUAGCAUCACGCAAUCGCGAUCGCCCGACUGCUAUGUUCGUCCUUACUGGUGGAGACAUACAUGUUGAAAUGAACUCCCAUCAGCGAAAAGGCAUGUUUGCGCGCUGUCGUAGAGUUGUCAAACAAGUUUUGUCCAGAGCCAAGAAUUCCUCCACGUACCUCGAUCCAUUCGAGAUCGCCUCAACGGCUGUCAAAAGCUGCAGGCCAAACACGCCGUUGAGGAUAUUUACCCUCGGGAUCGGUGAACAUGUCUCAUCGGCCAUAUGCGAGCGUCUGGCUCGCGAGGGUGGGGGUGAAUGUUUAUUUGUAGUCCAAGCCGAGGACAUGAUAGAGAAAUGUGCAAGGCUUCUGAAUGCUGGUAGGACGCGUGUAAUCGAGAGUAUCGUGGUCGAUUGGCACGGUUCGGGCAACCCACCGCGAGCCUCACACUCGAAUCACAAUCACCUGCUUCCACCCGGCGUCGUGCAGCUGAAGCCGCCACCUCAGACGCAGCAGGUUCCGCACAGUAUCACGAGGGUAUGCCCUGGUGUGCCCCUCAGCGUCUUUGCAAUCAUCACUUCUAGGUCGAUUCCUCGUGAAGUCAGGUUGCGUGCCAAGGUUGAAGGUGUGGCUGAGGUUCUCGAGCUCGUGGUACCCGUCACGGCGAGGUUCAAGGAUGAACGACAGUCCAUACCACUCCUCCACACUCUGGCUGCGGGACAACUCAUUAAGCACCUGGCAAAGGGUAGAGCACCUCUUCCGACACAUAUGACACCUGCUUCGAACGAGGAGGUUCGAAAAGCGGCGAUUGUCCGCUUGGGGCUUGAAUACCAGCUUGUGAGCCAGCAUACGUCUUUUUUUGCCGUAGAGUCCCGACGUGAGGCAGCGAGGAGUGGGCUGCGCCGAUCAACAUCACAGGAAAUGUCUCUGCGGCAACGUUACUACGCAUCCCCACCUAGCGUCACGAGUGACGCUUCUGAGGAGUACGCUCUGGGAACAGAUAUGACCACCGUGCAAACGGCAUUGGCCAACUUGUCUGAGGUGGUUUGUGCAGUGUUCAGCAUCUUCUCCUCAGGUGCUGCCCUGACGCACCAAAGGCUGCUUCCUGACACAUACUAUCCCACUACACAACCUCGUUCGAGCUCGCCAUCGAGUCAGAGUACACGUCCGUUCCGUCACGAUAAGGAUAACUCGAGCACAGAUUCGUUCUCUACACUGAGUUCAUUGGAUGGCUCUUCCACUUACUCUCGAUGGACCAAUUCUUGGUCGGCCAUUCCCCUACGGCCUGCGGAAGAUCCAAUCCAGCGCAUCCGAUCGCUAGCCUUCGAUCCAAGCCGUAACGCACGUCUGAGGAUACCACUCCGAGUCACAGGACGUGCAGUACGACCGCAACCACACACGUCCGGCUCUCGCUCACUACUCGUGCCCAAGGACAUAUACACUCUCAUCUUGCUGCAGCGCUACGACGGCUCGUUCACACCGUCACCUGAACUGGCGGCGCUUGUAGGCGUGGAGAUGCCGGGAAGGGCGGAAGAUUUUCAGGCCGAUGGAAAUAUAUGGGCGACUGCGGUUGUUGUGGCGUAUCUGAGGUAUCAUCUAGAUGGGCAACCGAAUUUGUUGCGUGUGCUGCUGAGGAAGCCUUUGGAGUAUGGUGAGAGAAAGGGAAAUGGUUUGCUGGUUGGACAGAAGUUUUCGAACUUCGCGGUGAUUGCGAGGUGCUUUGUGGGUUAG